GUUGGACUGAUACCUGAUCAAUUUAACGUGACAAAUUCAGCGUACAAAAUCCAUUAUAACCCUCAACUAUCCUACAAGAAUUAAUAAAUUGGUAUCAGUGAACACCAGUUAUCAUUUGAUUCAGUUGAAUGUUUAGCAAAAAAUUCAUUUCGUCUACGUCUUUACAUUGUUUCCGCAGUCCUCGUAGAAGUCUGUUUUCCGCCCAAACUAAGAAGUUUUAUAAGAAUGUGACUGUAUUUCAGUCAACUCAUGAAAAUUAUAAACAUCCAGUUUUUCAAAUUCUUCUCGAUCAACGUAAACUUCGGACUCCAACUGGAGUUCAUUUUCACGUACCGAAUCAAGCAUUAGCUGUCGCUGUUGCACAUGAAUGGGAUAGUCAGGUUGACACUAUAAAACGAUAUGCUAUGCCUUUGACAACAUUGUGCAAUCGAGCUUUGGAUACUCCAGCUGAUCAACAUGAUAUCCUAGUCAGUACUAUCAUGCAGUAUGCUGAUACUGAUACAAUCUGUUUCAGAUGUCAAGAACCAGAUGAUUUGGUUAAAGUGCAAUCUCUUUCAUGGGAUCCUAUCAUUAAUUGGGUUAACAAACAUUAUCAAAUUAAACCAGUCAUAACUGAUAGUAUGACUUCAUUGGCUAAACUAUCUCCUUUGGAUAAAGAGAAAUUAACACGUUAUUUUAACAGUUAUAAUAUAUGGGGUCUUACUGGCAUAAAAUCAUGUGUUGAAAACUUGAAAUCAGUUUAUCUUACAUUAGCUAUGCUGGAUGGAUUUUGUUCAGUUGCAAAAGCUGUUGAAUUAAGUCAAAUAGAAAUGUUAUUUCAGGUUAAUCGAUGGGGAGAUGUUCCUUCUUAUCAUGAUGUUGAAAAUGCUGAUCUUAAUGCACGUGUAUCUGCUGCUCUAUUUUUAGCUUUACUCAGUCAUUAUCGACAUGAUAUAAAAAUAAAAACAAGUAUAAAAUAA